UACCCUAAGUAGGAAGGCAAAUUCGAAGCAAGCAAAAAAAAUCUUAGUAAUACACUGCGUAGAUCUUAGAAAGCUCCCUAUUAGUCCAAUUCAAGAGCAAGUCUAAAAGAUGAAGGGUGGUGUUGUUGCAGUGAUUACCAUUCUUGCAUUCUUCACAUUGGUUGUGAAGCCUGGGCAGGCUGUAACUUGCGGUCAGGUAGACGCUGCUUUGGUUCCGUGCAUUAGCUACCUCACCGGCCAGGGAGAUAGCCCAUCUCCGGCAUGUUGUGCAGGGGUCAAAGCUGUGAAAGGAAUGGCACAAACAACAGCCGAUAAGAGGGCUUGCUGCAGCUGUGUAAAGGCUGCUGCCAACAUGUAUGCAAAUUUGAAAGAUGCUGCGGCCCAGAGUCUUCCCACAAAGUGUGGUGUUCAAUUGGACAUCCCUAUCUCCCGCAGUGUCGACUGUGACAAGAUCAACUAAGAUGGUACCGUGAACACCGGAAGAAAUAGAUGUCAUGAUAAAGAUAUACUACAGAUGUAGGCUAUAGCAUCUUGUUUGAAUAAUGUGUCUGGCUUAAUUAAUAAGUACAAUGUUCGAGAACCUACUAGUUUGCAUGAUGAAAUACAUGAAGAUCCAUCUUGUUUCUUUUUUUUGCAAAUUUUCAUUACCAAUUCCUCCCCUCUUCAAUAGAAAAUGAAGAUCACCCUUUUAAUUUAUUAUUGACA